AUAUAUUAUUUAUUUACUUAUUUAUUUAUCAUGUUUAAAUUAAAUUAUAUUAUUUUCAAUAUAUUAUACUUUGACAGUUUAUAAAUUUCUCGUAAUUUAAUUUGUUGUCAAUAUCUUGUUUUAAUUAGGCACUUGGAAAUGGUUACUUCAUGUUCUGUUAAAGGUUGCAAGUCCAAAGCUGGUCAAGGUAUUAGGUUUCACAGGCUUCCUAAAGGCGAAAUUCGAGAGUCGUGGAUUACAUUUCUCAAAAAAUAUAAUCCUUUGUUCAUACCAACAAGUCAUAGCACCAAUGUUUGUGGGCUACAUUUUUUAUCUGAUUCGGAUUAUGAAAUUACACCUACUAGUAUUUUUCAAACUAAACGUUUAAAAAAAAAUGCUGUACCCAGUAUUAUAAACCAAAAUGUUUGCAGAUCAUUAUUUCACAAGUCAAAUCCUGAUCACAAUACAGAAGAAGUUGUGACAUUGUCAUUGUCAGAUGUAUAUACCGAACAACCCUCUGUGACACCUGUUAUACCUUUAAAAAUAUUGUUAGAACACGUAUCACCAAAAACUGCUGUUCAAAAUAUGAAUACAGUUUCACAUGCACCUGUUAAACAAAAUAUAAAUGAAAUUCCACUUUCAUUUCUACAAAACACAGUUGAAGAAAAAUUUAGACCAAAUAAUAAAAGAAAGUGUUUUAUGGGUGAUUUUAAACACCCUAGUGAUAUUGAUAGCCCAAAUAACAGAUUAAAAUAUUGGAUUGCUUCACAAUCAACUGUGACCAAACAAAAAAAGAAAAUUAAGUAUUUAUAUAAACAAACAGUGGAUUUAAAAAAUAAAAUAAAGAAAUUAGAUAAUUUAAUAGAUCAACUUAAAAAUAAAAAGAAACAGGAUUCCAACAAUUGCAUAACAGUUCUUAAAGAAUUAAUAUUAUCAUCUAGUCAACACGAAAUUUAUAUGUCCAUGUGUAAACCAAUUUGAAAAAUCAGUUUAUGACAACCACAAUAAAUAGAACAAUUCAACUCUGUGAAGAUAAAAUAUAUAACACUUAUUCUUAACAUCGGAUUAACUAGUAACUAGUACAACAGCAAGUGUGUUCUAUUGAUCGAUCUCGUAAAAAUGUCAGUAGAUUGGAUUAGCUUGAUUGUUCACAAUGUUUCUAUUUCCUUUUUGUUCUCAUAGAACUUAACAUGAAUAUUUUGGUUCCUGUAUUUGACUAAACAAACAGUUGACAACUAUAGCAAUUUGCUAUAAUUUUUAAAACACAUGAAAUUUAGUACAUUUAAACAAUAUUAUCUGCAAAAGCCAAAAUUAUUGAUGCAGUAUUAUAACAAUAAGAAGGUUAAUAAUAAAUAAGAGGAGUUUGUAAAACUACGAAAAUAGUGUAUCUUUUUUCAUUUUUGUAUUUAAAAUAUAUUGAAAUAAUUCAA